UUUACACGUUGCACUUUUCCUUGGCACAGAAAGUUAGAAACAAAACAAAGCCAAUAAUAUUUAUGUGCAAUUCAUUUGCUAUGUUUAAGAGCAAAUUUUUGUUCCGCUGGAUUCGAAACUACCUACAAAAAACAAACAACAACGCUUUGGCGUCUCCCAACAACAACAGCUACACAGUAGGCAGUGUACGAAAUAAACAUUUUUCUGCGCCACAAGGCUUGGAGCGCAGUUGGCGUGGACUAAAUCCUGAAAAAGAAUCAAUACCAAAAGCAGCAAUUAAAUAUCGAGGCAUGGCCAACGAAACGAAAGCAGAACCACCAAAGCAUACAAACAGAUUGGCAGCAUCCAAGUCUCCGUAUUUGUUGCAACAUGCACACAAUCCAGUGGACUGGUAUCCAUGGGACGAGGAAGCAUUCGAGCGGGCUCGUAACGAGAACAAAUUGAUAUUUCUCUCAGUGGGAUACUCCACAUGCCAUUGGUGUCAUGUCAUGGAGCACGAGUCGUUCGAGAACGGAGACAUUGCAGCUAUAAUGAACAAACACUUUGUCAAUAUCAAGGUGGAUCGAGAGGAGCGGCCAGACGUCGAUAAAGUUUACAUGCAGUUCCUACUCAUGUCUAAAGGCAGUGGUGGCUGGCCCAUGAGUGUUUGGCUCACACCAGAGUUGGUGCCUCUGGCGGCUGGUACCUACUUUCCGCCCACGGCACGUUAUGGCAUGCCCUCGUUUUCCAUGGUGUUGCAGUCCAUCGCAAGGAAGUGGCAAACAGAUCGUGAAUCGCUGAUGGAGGCGGGCUCGACACUGCUCUCAGCCAUGCAAUCGAAUCAAAAUGCAUCAGCUGAUGGCGAUUCAGAAUUCCAGCCGGGUAGUGCGGAUGCAAAGCUGGCAGAGGCCAUUACUGUACAUAAGCAACGUUUUGAUGAAGAGAACGGUGGCUUUGGAGUUCAUCCGAAAUUUCCGGAGGUGCCACGCUUGAACUCUCUUUUCCAUGCGUACCUUGUGACCAAGGAUGUUGACGUGCUGGACAUGGUCCUACAAACGUUGGAUCACAUCGGACGUGGAGGAAUAAACGAUCAUGUGUUUGGUGGCUUCGCCCGCUAUGCUGUGGACAGAAACUGGCAUGUGCCGCAUUUCGAAAAAAUGCUGUAUGAUCAGGGCCAGCUGAUGGCAGCAUAUGCCAACGCCUAUAAACUGACUCGAAGUGAUCAGUUUCUGGGAUAUGCAGACAAGAUCUAUCAAUAUAUGAUAAAGGAUCUGCGACAUCCGGCGGGUGGUUUCUAUGCCGGCGAAGAUGCCGACUCGCUACCCACACAUGAGGAUUCAGUGAAAGUGGAAGGAGCUUUUUAUGCCUGGUGCUGGGAAGAGGUCGAGAACGCUUUUAAAGAGCAAUCAGGGCGAUUUUUAAAUAUUGCAGCGGAUCGGGCUUUCGAAAUCUACGCAUUCCACUACGCAAUGAAACCAAAGGGAAAUGUACCGCCCUCCAGCGACCCGCAUGGCCAUUUGAUGAACAAAAAUGUUCUUAUUGUGCGUGGCUCCGAAGAGGAUUCCUGUGCCAAUUUUGACUUGGAGCUUUCCCAGCUGCAGCUUGUAUUGAAAGCAGGCAAUGAAAUACUCUAUGAGUUGCGGCAGAAACGUCCGCGUCCACAUUUGGACACCAAAAUCAUAUGCGCCUGGAAUGGACUGGCGCUGUCGGGUCUAGCUAAAUUGUCAAAUUGUGGCACUGCAAAGCGUGCAGAGUACAUGGAGACAGCCAAGGCUUUAGUAGAAUUUAUUCGGAAGCAUCAUUAUGAUGCAGACCGCCGGGUGCUUCUUCGCUCCUGCUAUGGUACGGGCACUGACAAUACGGAAUUAGAACAGAAUGACACACGCAUCGAUGGAUUUCUCGAUGAUUAUGCCUUUCUGAUCAAAGGCCUAUUGGACUACUACAAAGCUUCGUUAGACGGCAGUGUUUUGCGUUGGGCCAAGGAGCUGCAGGAUAUACAGAAUAAGCUGUUUUGGGAUGAACUACAUGGCGCCUAUUUCUUCUCCCAGGAGGGUACGCACAAUGUUAUUGUGCGUCUUAAAGAAGACCAUGACGGUGCCGAACCCUGUGGCAAUAGCGUAGCUGCACGCAAUCUCGUAUUGCUGGCGCAUUAUUACGACCAUGACGAUUAUCUGGAGAGGGCCACAAAGUUGCUCAACUUUUUUGCGGAUGUUUCGCCCUUUGGACACGCACUUCCGGAGAUGUUGUCGGCGUUACUGUUGCGAGAACACGGACUCGAUUUAGUGGCGGUGGUUGGGCCGGAUUCUUCGGAUACCGAACGUUUUGUGGAAAUAGUUCGAAAAUUUUAUAUACCUGGCAUGAUUAUUCUGCACGUUGAUCCGCAGCAUCCCGACGAUGCUUGCAACCAGCGUGUGCAGCAAAAAUUUAAGAUGGUUAAUGGCAAGACAACAGUAUAUAUUUGCCAUGAUCGAGUAUGUCGAAUGCCGGUAACAGAUCCGGAGCAACUAGAGGAGAAUCUAAUGGCGAACUUUUUCAAAGAGCGCCUAUAAAUCAAGAAAUUACUCGAACUUAUUACUAAUUGUCAUAGUUAUUUAAUGUUAUUAUUCGUGUUGUUGAUAAAUUUUGACUUCUAAAGUGAAA